UAACAACAUUAGGAAGCUAUAAAAGUGAUACUCUGACAGUAGUGGGUCAUUGACUGUACAAUAAUUGCUUUGGCUGGUCCAUAGUACGACGAGUACGAACACACAUCAAUCUAGCACAGAUCAGAACGUGGAUCGUUGAAUUUCUUUACAGAGGACACGAAGAAGACAUUCAAGAAGUACUGUCAGAGGAGAAUACCAUAAAGAUGGCUAAUAAAGUUGCAGUGUCAGUCUCUGUGUGGUUGAUGAUUGCUGUGGCUUUCCAGACGGCCCUAACUGAUCAAAAAGUAAAGAGGCUACGAAAUCUCCAUUGUUCUCCAAGACCAACUGUUGUUGAAACCAAGCCGAUGUUUUACCCCUAUUUUGUCAGCCUCCAUAGAUGCAAUGGCUCUAUUGGAACCCGAUCGCCUGCAAUGAUUCAAUGUGUUCCAAGCAAAACUGAAAGUUUUAAAGUUACCUUGAGAUUAGGAUCUGUGGUGCGCGUGGUCACUAUGCAAAACCACACGGAAUGCAAAGCGGAAUGUGCGCUGAAAAGAGAGGACUGUCCCUACCCUGGUGUCUACGACCCUUUCAAUUGCAAGUGUGAUUGCCCCCAUUCGUCACCACCCAGCGAUAUGCAGCAAUGUGGUCCAUUUAAAAGCUGGAGCAAGGUCAAAUGCGGCUGCGUCUGCAAUCGAGUGAAGAAGUGUCCUAAGAAGUACAUUUUUGAUGAAAGUUCGUGCUCGUGCAAAUGCAACCCCAAACGAAAAAUGAAGUGUGAGUCAAUGGGAGGAACGUUCUACACUGCAAAAUGCAAAUGCAAAAAUAUACAACGCCAAACAUCAGAAAAUAAAGAUCACGAAGAUUCGUUUAUUGGAAGCACGACAUUCUGGAUAUACGUCUUAAUCGGAGAGUUUGUCUUCCUUCUUUUUUGCUUCGAUCUGAUUCUUUGUUGCAAGAAGAUGGGCCUGAUCUAUAAACUGACCAGGGUUUGCCGUAGCGAAAAGACGAUUGAAGCAGAGCCUGAGGAUAACGAAGAAAGAUCGCCCAAAGAAGUUAAAGUCCAAUUCAACGAAGGCUGCCAUACUUCAUUUUCCAGUUUACACAAUAUUCCAGAGUCAAUGCAGCCCUCGCAUUAUGGUGAAAUAAGACAAUUUUGAUGUGGGAACACGCUAAUAAUUACAUUGAAUUUUGUAUAGAAGAUGAAGAUUUAUCAAAUCAAAGAACAUUAUUUAUUUAUUUAAAUAUUAUGAACUUAAUAACUGACAACGGUGUCUCAAAACCCGCUUUGUUUAAACUGACCUCAACCAACGCAUUGUGGUGUUUGGUCUCUCUUCCCAGUGGCGUAACGGAGUCAUCUUGACCCCUAAAGAAAUACUGAGACGUGGGGCCCCUAGAGCAUGUCAAAGACAACAGCAAGAUUUAAAAAUAGAAAAUUUUCUCGUUAACUAGGGUUAUAGGGCCAGAUAUUAAAAGCUUGAGUUUAAGAAUUUAGUUUUUAAAAAUAAGGUGAAGUUGAUUGAAGUCUUAAAAACAUGGAUAUAAAAGUAAUCUGAGGGCCCCUUUUGGUUUGGGGGGGGGUCUUAGCUAUCGAACCAGAACUUCGUCACGCCACACUUUUCUGCCGUCUGUUCCCCACACAGCAGAAAAUGCAAUAAUUUUAUACAAAUCUUAUGGAUAGAAAGGUUUUAUGUAAAUAUCAGAAAAUAAAUGUUUUAUAUAUAUUUAUAAGAAUUCUUAUGCAACAAUGCACAUUAUGAAAUAACACAUGAACAACGCCAUAUUUUUACUUAAAUUAUUUGCAGUUUAAAUGCACAGCAUUCUGAUUCUGUUCGCAGUUUAUCUAUUUGAAUUUUAUCUCUA